AUGUCAGCACCCUCCUAUCGCUAUCCACCUUCCACAAAUACUUGUGGAAAUCGUGGUCAUGGAAGAAAACCUCGUUAUGAUACACGUAAUAAAGAUAUUGAUCCAUCAUCUUAUAUAACACCAAAUACGCACCAUUAUUAUCGUCGUCCAUUAUCACCAGUAUCAGUUGGAGAUGUAUGCAAUCGUGUUAGUAAAGUUUCAUUUGAAAAUAAUAAUCACACACACAAUAGUCGAAUACGUAAUCGUUCCGCAGAACCUCAUCAUCCGGAUAAACCUUAUGAUAAUCGUCCACCAUCAGUUAAUGCUAUUCGUUCUGUUGUACCUGAUCGAUCACAACAUGAACAAAUCCCAAUAUGUUUUCGUCCAGAUUCUGGUGGCACUAAAGGACAAGUUAUUACACUUUAUACAAAUCAUUUUAAAUGUAAUUUAUCUGAGACUCUUGCUAUUAAUCAAUAUACUGUUCAUGUAAAUGUAUUUAAACGUGGUAAAUGGUGUAAUGCAAAUAAACGUCAACAUAAUCGAUUUGAAAUAGUUCAAAAAAUUCUCCAACGAGAAGCUGACAAUUUACCAUUCGUAUGGUUUGAUGAUGGUAAUUUUCUUUAUUCACGAGAAUUAUUACUUGAUAGAGCUAGAACAUAUGAAAUAACAAUAAAAAAUCAAAUAUAUCAAUUAGCUAUUAAAGAUAUGUCCGAUCGUGUUACUGUUGAAGAUAUGUGGCAAUAUGUUCGAAGUAAAACACCAUGUAAACGUCCACAAGAUUUAAUUCGUAUGCUUGAAACAUUACUUAAACAAACAAUUCGUUCACGUAUGGUUUGCAUUCGAAAUCAAUUUUUUGAAAAAAAUCAAAUGUUAUAUGAUGGUGGACCAUUUCAAAAUAGUGGUUUUGCAUUAGCACAAGGUUUUUAUCAAGCGAUGUUUGUUACACAAAUUGGACCAACAUUAACAAUUGAUACAAAAUGUUCAUGUUUUUAUCGAAAUAUUGAUAUGUUACAUUUUCUAUCGAUUUAUCUUGGACGAGAUUUAAAAAUCAAUGGAGCUAUGAUGUCAGCUGAUGAAAAACGUGCAUUAUUAAGAAUGAAAUGUUUGGAAAUCAUUACUGUUGAAACUCGGCAUACAUUUAAUAAAAUGGUUUAUAAUAUUCGUGGUUUUGGUGAUAAUGCUGAUCAACAUCCUGUAACAAUAGAUGGACCUGAUGGUGAUUCACGUAAAAUGUCUGUUGCAGAAUAUCUUGUGGAAAAAUAUGAUAUUAAAUUAAAAUAUCCACGUUUACCAACACUUGAAUGUGUUAAUAAAGGUGCACAAAAUUUAUCCUAUAUACCAAUUGAAUUAUGUUUUGUUGAAGAAUGGCAAAUUGUUGAUCGAUCAUUAAUGACAACAGAACAAAAUGCUGAAAAAUCUAAACGUUCGAUUUUAUUACCUGAAGUACGUUUUAAUAAAACAAUGAUGAUUGCUAAUGAAAGAAAUUUUAAUAAUGAUCCAUAUUUAAAACAUCUAUCAAUGACAAUUGAUACAAAUGAAAUGUUACAAGUUAAAGGACGUGUACUUGAACCACCCAAUAUUGUUUAUCGAAAUAAUCGUAUUGCUUCAGUUACAAUUGGUAAAUGGCUUAUGAAAGGAAGUCUCUUACAGCAAACUACACGUGUUCAUAAAUGGGAAAUGAUUUUAGUUAAAGAUGGAAAACGUGAACCAGGACAUAUGGAUAUGCAAAAAUUAGAAGAAUUUUGUCAUAUGUUACCAGAAACGACUCGUCGUUAUGGAAUUCAAAUGAAUCCUCAUUUUGAAACAAAAAUUAUAUCUCAUCAUCAAAUACGUCAAUGUAUUUAUGAUUUACAUGCUAGUGGUGCUGAAUUUGGUUUAUUUAUCUUGAUUGGUGAUUGUCCGGACUCAUAUCAAACUAUAAAACGUUGUGCAUUACAAGAAUUUGGUAUCAUUACUCUUUGUUGUGAUUUGGGUUCAAUUCGAAAGCAAAAUAAUCCUGGCAAACUUAAUGCUUAUAUUGAAAAUGUUGCACAAAAAAUGAAUGCACGUUUAGGUGGAAUUAAUUCAACUGUAUCAUUUAAAAAAAUAUUUGAUGAUCAACCUAAAUCCGAUGGUGAUGUUUUUAUGUUUAUUGGUGCUGAUGUAUCACAUGUUGUUGUUUCUGAACGUAAACCAUCAAUAGCAGCUGUUGUUGCAAGUGUAUCACCAACAUCAACACAAUAUAUAUGUCGUUCAAGUGAACAACGACCAGUAAAAGAUAAAAAAUAUUCAUUAGAAGUUAUUAAAGAUUUUCAACCUAUGACACGUGAUCUUUUACAUGUAUUUGUACAAACAAAUAAACAAUAUCCAACAAAAAUUGUUGUUUAUCGUGAUGGUGUUGAUGAAGGACAUUUUCAAAAAUUACUUGAUAAUGAAGUUCAAGCACUUAAAAAUGCUUGUUUAGAAGUCUAUGGUAAUCGUCCAUUACCUAAAAUAACAUUUGUAAUAAUAAAAAAAUCACAUAAUACACGUUUUUUUGCUCCCAAUGGUCAACGUAUAACAAAUAUGGCAGCAGGAACUGUUAUUGAUACAACUAUUGUACAUCCACGUCAAUUUGAUUUUUAUCUUAAUUCACAUGCUGGUGCACUUGGUACGAAUGUUUGUUCUUAUUAUCAUGUUUUAUAUAAUGAAAUUGAAUUUACAAGUGAUGAAUUACAACAAUUAACAUUUUGGCUUUGUCAUACUGAUGUACGAUGUACAAAAGCUGUUAAAUGUCCAGCAGCUGCACGAUAUGCUCAUACAGUUGCUUAUCAUGCAAGAUAUUUUGAAAAAGAACCAUAUCAAACAACAUCACAAUAUCCAUCAAAUCGAGAUACUGGACAAGUUGAAGAUGAUCUUACUUUAGAAGAUAUCAAAAUUCCAUAUUCACCACCCGAAGAUUUUAUUAUUAAAACUGUUGAUACAUGGACUCCAACUGAUGCUGAUCGAAUUCAUCUUGAACCAACACAAGGUCGUCGAAAUAGUCAUGGUCGUUCUGAAACACGUUAUAAAAAUGGUUCAUUUCGUCAAGUAUUAAAAUGGGAUCGUUCGUUAGGUCAAUAUGGUGAUGGAAAUAAUGCAUUUCGUGAACCAAAUAGUGUUGCAUGGCUUGAAUCUAGCAAAAUAGCUGUUGUUGAUACAAAUGCUCAUUGUAUUAAAGUCUUUCAUAGUGAAACAGGUCAAUUCGAAUAUUCAUUUGGUCGUGGACGAACAUUAGGUUGUCAAAAUUUACUUUAUCCAUAUCGUAUAGCUGUUGUACCAGGUGGAAAUGAUGAAUUAGUUGUUAUUCAACGUCAUCCACGUCCACAAAUUCAUGUCUUUAGUUGUUCAGGAGAAUUUAUUCGUCGAUUUGGUCAACAUUUAGAAAAACCACGUGCAUUAACUGUUGAUCAAUCACAUCGUAUUAUUGUUAUUGAAUCACAAGUACAAAAAUUACAUAUAUUUUCAUUAGAUGGAAAAAUUCUUUCAUUCUUUCAUUUAAAUGAACAUUUACAAUUUCCAACAUCGAUUUGUUCAAAUAAUUAUGAAAUAUUUAUAUCUGAUAAUCAUCUUCAUACAAUUAAAGUAUUUUCAUAUAGUGGACAAUUGAUACGUGAAAUCAAAGAAGCAAAUUAUAUAACAUAUCCAACAAAUAUUAAAUUAAAUUCGAAAGGACAAUUAAUAACAAUUGAUAAUCAUCAAGGUUUAAAUAUAACUGUUUAUGAUGAAUAUGAACAAAAGAAACGUUUAGGUGCAUAUACAGCUCGAAUCUGUCAUUCACAAAUUCUUGAUGUUGCAAUAGAAUCAAAUUCAAAUAUUCUUCAUUUAGCAUCAAAAGAUUAUCGAGUUUAUACAUAUCAACUUCCAUUGUAA